AUGACGUUGAAAUCUGUGAGUGAAAUUCAUCAUCAACAUGCGAAUGUAAAAUAUGGUAAACCAUAUUUUGCUGUAUUAUUAGCUGCAUUUUCUUCAUUGGGUGGAUGGUUUUUUGGAUAUGAUCAAGGUGUAACAGGUGGUAUUGUCGUUAUGAAUUCAUUUAAAAAUGACUUUUGUGUUGGUAUAUAUGGUAAUGCAAGUGUUUGUGAUCUUCCAGUAGCUUCUUUACCUUCUGAUUAUAGACGAUAUUUAGUAUUAUUUACAUUCUUAUAUAAUGUUGGAUGUUUUGUUGGUGCUUUAUUCAUCUCUUCAUUUAUAGCAGAAAGAUAUGGACGUCGAGCUAUUAUUCUCACAUCAGCAAUACUAUUUACAAUAGGUACUUCAAUGGUUAUAUUUCCACCAGGUGGUUCAAAAAAGAUUAUGAUUUUCAUACUUAUCGGACGAAUUAUUGAAGGUACAGGUGUUGGUUGCUCAUCAUUUUCUUGCCCACUAUAUGCUUCAGAAAUCGCACCAACAAAUCUACGUGGAAUGCUUUCCGGUUUUAUGCAAUUAACUGUUGUAACUGGUUUAUUUGCUGCUAAUGUCGUAAAUUAUUUAUUACAAAAUCAUAAAUGGGGUUGGCGAUUAUCUAAUGGUAUUAUUUUAAUUGCACCAAUUGUUAUUAUGAUAGGUAUAUGUCUUUGUCCAGAAACUCCUAGAUGGUUAUUUAAGAAAAAAGGACGAAAAGCAGCAGAAAAUAGUUUACAACGUAUUCGUAAAACACGGGAUGUAACUAAUGAAUUAGAUGCAAUUUCUGAUGCUAUAAGAGAAGAGGGUAAUCAAGUUUCAACUAAAGAAUUAUUUACACCAAAAAUACUUGAAAGAUUAGCUGUUGGUAUAGGUAUACAUGUUUUUCAACAAACAACUGGUAUUAAUCCAAUAUUUACAUUUGGUGGUAUUAUUUAUGAAAAUGUUCUUGGCAAGGGUAUUAUCUCAUUAUUAAUUUUAUCUGGUGCAAAUUUAUUAUUUACAAUACCAGCCUUAUUUUUAUUUGAUAGACUAGGACGUCGAAAUCUUCUUAUAAUUGGAGGUUUAGGUAUGGUAGUUGGUCAUCUAGUAGCAGCAACAGUAUUUGCUACUGGUUGUAAAGUAGUUAAGACUAUUAGUAAUGAUACAAUCGUAACUGAAGAAGUUGUAACUUGUAAAGAAAGUUCUGGUAUAGCAAUGCUUGUUUUUACAGUUAUUUUUGUAGCUUUUUUUGCACUUUCCUGGGGACCAAUUGCUUGGAUUUAUGUAGCAGAAAUUUAUCCUCUUAAUGUUCGAGCUAAAGCUGUUGCAAUAGCAACAGGAAGUAAUUGGUUAAUAGGAAUGAUUAUGUCUUAUAUACUAGAGUUAAUAAAUCCAUUAGGAAUACAUGGCGUAUUUUAUCUUUUUAGUGGUUUGACUUUAUUAGCUGUCGUAUUUGUCUAUCUUUUCUGUCCAGAAACGAGAGGAGUUUUAUUAGAAGAUAUUGAAGAAGUCUUUGAUAAUUUUCAAUUAAAAAAUCGACCACCGAUUAAAGUCCUACGAAGAUUAUGUGCUAAAGGUGCUCAACAUCUUUCUAAUGUUCUUCAACAGAAUGAAACACUCAUUACACUGAAUCUUGAAUUCAAUCUUAUCGAUGAUCAAGGUGCUUUACAUCUUGCAAAUGCGUUACAGAAAAAUAAAACACUUACCGCACUUUACCUUCAAUUCAACAAGAUUAGUUCAGAAGGAGCAGGUCACCUUGCCAUUGCUUUACAACAAAAUCAAACACUCACUACACUGGAUCUUCGAGGCAAUUUUCUCAACUCUAGAGCAGCUCAAUUUAUUGCUGAUACACUACUAAAAAACCAAACACUCGUUACACUGUGUCUUUCACAUAAUCAAAUUAAUUCUCAAGGCGCAAUGCAUCUUGCCGCUGCUCUAAAACAAAAUAGAACACUCAUAUCACUAAAUCUUGCUAACAAUCAAAUUGAUGCACCAGAAAUAGAAUAUUUUGUUAAUCCUUUACAAAAAAAUAAAACACUUACAAUACUAAAUCUCCGCGGCAAUCAAUUCAAUGUUAAGAAAAAUAGCCGUCUCAUCGCAGCUCUGAAAGAAAAUACGAUAUCUCGCACAAUAACUUUAUAG